GUACUUCUCAACAACCUUACAAACAAUUAAUUUGAGAAAAUAAUAAACCUCUUCUCCCUUUGACGUACGUUCUUCUAAUUUUCUUCAUUCAUCAAGUGUGUUCCAUACCACAAUAUCAAAUCAAAUCUAUUUUUUAGGAAGGAAACUGAUCGAAGAUGAUGGAAAUUAUGUCUCCUAUCUAUUUGCCUGAACUUGGAAUGGAGGAUCUCAACUUCUUGCACCAAUACCCUAUGGAUUCUCUUGCAUCGGAUGCAUUUGACAACUUUGGAUUUCACUUUGACAACAACUACGAAACAACACCAAAUUGUUUCCCAGUUGAAACUCAUCAACCUAAUGAUAACUACGUUGCUCAAACAAGACCAACUAAGAAGAUAAAGACAUCGUCAACCAAUCCUUCUUCCUAUUCAUCAACACCUCAACUCAUUUCAUUUGAACAAUUCAAUGCAACACCAAUUGUUUCUAAUAAGGAAUUUUACGGCCUUGAUUAUUCCGAUGUAAAGCCUAAAUUCGAGAAAGGGUGUAGUACAAACAAGAAUUUUGCGGCAAAUUAUGAUAACCGAGCAAAUCAGACCAGAAAUACAACUCAAGCUCAAGAACAUGUAAUGGCCGAAAGAAAGCGAAGGGAAAAGCUCACUCGAAGUUUCAUUGCUCUUUCGGCCAUCGUUCCUGGCCUCAAGAAGAUGGAUAAAGCAUCUGUAUUGGGAGAUGCAAUCAAAUAUAUGAAACAACUAAAAGCACGUUUACAAACUCUUGAGGAACAAGUUGAAGACAACAAAAAAGUCGGAUCCACAGUUCAAGUCAAGAGAUCUGUUAUCUUCAUUGAUAAUAAUGACCAUGAUGACAACAACAAGAGGACACUUCUUCCUGAAAUCGAAGUAAGAGUUUCAAGUAAAGAUGUACUCAUCAAGAUUCAAUGUGAUAAACAAAGUGGACGUGCUGCUACGGUGUUGGGCCAAUUAGAAAACCUUAAUCUCAUUGUUCAAAGUAGUAACUUUUUGCCCUUUGGAAACAACAUGCUUGAUGUAACUAUUGUUGCUCAGAUGAACAAGGAAAACUGUGUGACUGCAAAGGAUCUCCUAGGAAGCAUACGACAGGCUUUGAUCAAUUGAAAAAAUAUUUAACCUACAUCAAUAAGUUUACUCAACAAACGAUUUUUAUCACAAGUGCUUUCAAUUAUUUUUCCUUUUUAGUAUCCUUAAUAAGCUGAAUUCUGGAGUACAAUACAUACAAAGGAAGAUCAUGUUUUCAACAUUCACAUAGUAUUAUGAUUCAUUUGUUUUCAGUCAAGGGUUUGUUUGCUUUGGUCUGUUCUUCUAGGUCGGUGUGUGGAAUUUCAACAGAUGGUGCCAAAGUGUUUGUUUUUUCGUCUGUUGUGUUUUUUUUUUUUUUGCAUAGUUGACUUUGACUGGUUAAGGUUAACUAUGUUAAUUCCAUCACAUGUGUAAUUGUUAAUUUUUUUAAUCAUUAUUGGAAUGGUUAUUUUUUUUUUUGUUUUAGAAGCUUUGACUUAUUGUAACCUUUUUCUUGUUGUGAAAAGGUUUUGGUUUGAUAGAAACUGUGGCAACCACUUCAUUUUUAAUAGUAUUUGUUUUCUUUUGUCGUUUUGUGCUCACUUAAUUUUGUAUAAAAUUCUUAUUUUUAAUGAUGAUUGAUUAUGGUCUUUAUAUCCAGUUGCU